AUGGAUAUGGAAGAGGGCCCUUCGAAAACGCCACAAAAUACACGCCAUGAAACGAUACAAGUGGGCAACACAUUACUGCUGAAAUUGCCGAGCGGUGACAUCAAAACAUGGAAACUGGAGAAAGACUCUACUGCUAACCUCGGGAAGUUUGGGUCUUUCUAUGCCAACGAACUCGUGGGCCAACCAUUUGGUUUGACCUACGAGAUCGUCGACAAGAAGCUCAAAGCCGUGUCCCCUCGCACAUUGCAAGAAGUAGAGGAUACUGAAGCGACGAAUGAGCUUAUCAACGACGGUCAAUUCGUCCAGCCGUUGACCUCGGAGGAAAUCGAAAUGCUGAAGAAAUCUGGUCUUCAUGCAUCGGAGAUUAUCAAGAAGCAGAUAGAGCAGCAUGCCAACUACUCUUUGAAGACGGAAUACAGCAAGGAGAAAUACAAGAAGCGCAAGGAGGCGAAAUACUCGAAGUCAUUUACAGUCGUUGACCCAACAGUGUUCAACGUGUGUGACUACUGGUUCAAUAAGGAUCAAAAUAGACUUCGAGACAUCCGGCCGGAUGCGCUAGGCCAGAUUCUCAACCUAGCCAAUAUACGGCCCGGGGGCAGAUAUCUGGCGGUAGAUGACGCAUCUGGUAUUGUGGUGGCAGGGAUGUUGGAACGACUUGGUGGUACGGGCAGACUGAUCACAGUAUGUGACGUUGAUUCACCACCGGCAUACCCUGCCUUGGUGCACAUGAACUUCACCAAGGAAGUAACCCAAGUGCUCUCGUCCCUAAAUUGGGCAACUGCCGAUGAAGACUACAUACCUAUCACGCCACCAUCUGAGCCUGCAGGCAAGAUCAAGUCGGAUGCCCAAAAAUCAAGGUUGAAUAAACGUAAGGCUGUCAGCGAGACGCUCAACCAAACGAGAGAAGAACUUUUUGCUGGUGAAUUCGACGGGCUUGUCGUGGCCAGCGAAUACGACCCAUUCUCGAUAUUACAGAACUUAUCUCCCUAUCUUGCAGGGUCUGCCAAUAUUGUCGUCCACAGUCCAUACAUACAGAUCGUCACCGACCUGCAAAAUCAACUACGGAAUCUCCCUCAGUACCUUGGAGCGGCCGUCACGGAGAUGUGGCUACGGAGGUACCAAGUGCUCCCCGGAAGGACGCAUCCGUUCAUGAACAUGUCCGGCUCUGGCGGGUUCAUUAUGCACACGAUCAAAGUGUACGAUCCGUCAUGA